UCUCAAACACUUCCUCUUCUUCACACAAGUACUAUGAUGCUUGCAGAGAAAAAUACACAAAUCAAACUGUUAGCCUUCCAUGUACUUCUUCUUCUUCUUCUUCUUCUGCUUCUUCUGUCAUUCACAGCAGAAGCUAAGUGCAAAAAUGGCUGCCAAGCCUUAGCCUCAUACUAUGUCUGGGAUGGUUCAAACCUCACUUACAUUAGCAACAUCUUUCACCAACAAGUUUCUGAAAUUCUCAAGUACAACCCUCAAGUCCACAACCCUGAUGACGUCCUAGCUGGUACUCGAAUCAACAUACCAUAUUCAUGUGACUGCUUGAACAGUGACUUUUUGGGGCAUACGUUCUCCUACCUCACCCAACACGGUGAUACCUAUAACAAUAUUGCUCAGAUCGCAUUUGCUAAUCUCACUACAGAAGAAUGGGUGCAUAGAGUGAACAAUUAUCCAACAACUCAGAUACCUGAAAAAGUUACAAUCAAUGUAACAGUGAACUGCUCUUGCGGUAAUGGAAAGAUAUCAAAGGAUUAUGGGUUUUUCGUGACAUAUCCUCUCCGUCUCGGUGAGAGCUUGUCCUCUGUGACCGUGGAGAGUGGUGUUCAGGCAAGGUUGCUGGAGAUGUACAACAAAGGGUCCAACUUUAGUUCAGGCGAUGGCUUAGUCUUUGUGCCGGCAAGAGAUCAAAAUGGGACUUUUCCACCAUACAAGUCAAGAACAGCUGGUAUCUCAAGAGGAGCUAUUAUUGGUUUAUGUGUUGGAGGAGUUUCUGCUGCUCUAGCUUUGGCAAGUUUCCUAUUUUGUCGGGUUUAUAAGAGUAAGGUGGUUGAGGCACCAUUUCUUUCCACACCACCUGAAGAGCGCUAUCUUCAAAUCCAACAUACACAUGUUUUAGCUUCUGGAAUCACUUCUGAGACAACUUCUGAAUCAGUUGCUCUAGUCAGUGGUUCUUCUCCAGGCCUUAUGGGUAUAACUGUGGACAAAUCAGUGGAGUUCUCAUAUGAAGAACUUUCCAAAGCUACUAAUGACUUCAGCAUUAAAAUUGGACAGGGUGGGUUUGGAUCUGUUUAUUAUGCAGAUCUCCGAGGCGAGAAAGCAGCAAUCAAAAAGAUGGAUAUGCAAGCAACAAAAGAAUUCCUUGCUGAACUGAAGGUUCUAACACAUGUUCAUCACUUAAACCUGGUGCGCUUGAUAGGGUAUUGUGUCGAGGACUCCUUAUUUCUAGUCUAUGAGUACAUUGAAAAUGGUAACUUAAGUCAACAUUUGCGUGGCUCUUCUGGAUUAGGCGUAUUGCCAUGGCAAACCAGGAUGCAAAUAGCCUUAGAUUCUGCAAGAGGACUAGAAUAUAUCCACGAACACACUGUUCCUGUCUACAUUCAUCGUGACAUCAAGUCAGCAAACAUCUUAAUAGACAAAAACUUCCGCGCAAAGGUUGCAGAUUUUGGGCUAACAAAACUAUCUGAAUAUGGAAGCACUUCACUGCAGACACGUCUUGUGGGUACAUUCGGAUACAUGCCUCCAGAGUAUGCUCAAUAUGGUGAUGUGUCCCCCAAAAUCGAUGUUUAUGCUUUCGGUGUUGUACUUUUUGAGUUAAUAUCUGCCAUGGAAGCUGUUGUGAGGACAAAUGAAUAUGUGUCUGAAUCUAGAGGACUUGUUGCUUUGUUUGAAACUGUUCUUAGCCAGCCUGAUCCGAGAGAAGAUCUUGGUAAACUUGUCGACCCCAGACUUAGCAGCGACGAUUACUCACUUGACUCGGUCUACAAGAUGGCUCAACUUGCCAAAGCUUGCACACAAGAGAAUCCUCAACUGAGGCCAAGCAUGAGAUCUAUUGUCGUUGCGCUAAUGACACUUUCAUCAUCAACUGAGGAAUGGGAUGUUGGUUCGUUUUAUGAAAAUCAUACUGAUCUAGUCAAUCUAAUGUCAGGGAGGUAGCUGAGGAAAUAAGCCACCAUUUCUCAAGUAAACAUAGUGAUUCUAACUUUCCUACUUCUGAAAUAAAAAUAUUGUCCAUC